ACUUUGGACAUGUGAUGAGGAGGGAGUGGCCCCUGGAAGAGGGCAUCAUGCUUGGGAUGCCUGAAGGGCCAUCUGUGAGGAAGUUUCACCAUUUGGUCUCCCCCUUUGUGGGGCAGCAGGUAGUCAAGACCGGGGGCAGCAGUAAGAAGCUCCACCCUGCUGAGCUGCAGUCCCUCUGGCUCCAAGACACCCAGGUUCACGGAAAGAAGUUAUUCCUUAGAUUUGAUCCAGAUGAAGAAACGAGGCCCCCUGGAAAUCAUCCACUGUCAGAGCCUCUACGAGAAGGAGCUUCGAAGGAAGAGGCCACAGGCCCAACACAGACCUUGGCGUCCAUUGGGCCAGAACUCUCUGAGCAGUCCGUCAGGUUCCCGGAGCUUGUUCUCCAUGGAGAAGGCAGUUCGGAUGAUUUGGGGAGAGAUACCCCCGCAGGAGAGGCUGAGAGGUGGCUCCAUGUCAGCUUUGGUUUGUUUGGCAGCAUUUGGGUGAACGAAUUCUCUAGAGCCAAGAAAGCAAACAAGAGGGGUGACUGGCGGGAUCCUGUCCCCAGAUUGGUCCUGCACUUUGGCGGUGGUGGCUUCCUGGCGUUUUACAAUUGUCAGAUGUCUUGGAGCUCUUCCCCAGAAGUCAAACCCAGCUCUGACAUCUUGUCUGAAAAGUUUCAUCGAGGACAAGCCUUGGAAGCCCUGGGCCAGGCGCAGCCCGUCUGCUAUACACUGCUGGACCAAAGAUACUUUUCAGGGUUAGGAAACAUCAUUAAGAACGAAGCCUUGUACAGAGCGGGAGUCCAUCCCCUUUCUCCUGGUUCUCUCUUAAGCCCUUCGAGCCUUGAGUCCCUUGUGGAUCAUGUGGUGGCGUUCAGCACCGACUGGCUUCAGGGCAAGUUCCAGGGCAAACAGCAGCACACUCAGGUCUACCAGAAGGAGCAAUGCCCUGUGGGGCACCAGGUCAAGAAGGACACGUUCGGGCCUCCAGGUAGAUUCCAGAGGCUCACCUGGUGGUGCCCACAGUGCCAGCCAAGGCUGCCAGCCGAGGAGCCAGAGCAGCUCCAACCCUAAGCACCCAGGGCCCUGCUUCAUGGAACCCCGCCCUUUAGGAGCCCAACUCUAGAAAGGAGGGUGUGGGCGGGCAUUGAGGCUGGGCAACGGGGGAGAGGCGAAUUCCAAUUGGUGGUACUCGUCUCCCUGAAAUGAUGGCGGAGGCCUCUUUUUCACAGGGUUAGUUUUUUUGUUGGUUUGCCAGUUUGGUCACUUGUGAGUUUGGUUACCACUGUAAGAGAUGAGAAACAUGGUGCCAGUUGAAGGAAAACUCCCAGAACUGUAAUGGAGCAAUGAAAAGGAAAGCUGCUGAGCACAACUCUGCCCCUAGCGAUGCUCUGCUUAGGUGUUUCGUUUCGUUUUUGGAACUGCUAGGUUUUAAGGCCUUCCAUUAUGGGCAACCGGCUGCUAGAAUGUUCUUUCUUCCCACCCUGACAGGGGCCUCAGAGUGGGGUUUGAGGAGCAGAGGAGUGGUGCUCUGACUCACCCUGCCGCCUGGCUCCUUCCCCGUGGGGUAGACACACCAUGUGGGCACUGGGACCUUGGUGGAUUUGGGGGGGAGAGCAACUUGUUUACUUCUAGGGUGGGCCUUCUGUGACGAUCAAUAUGUGACCAAUCCUGCAAUCAAGGGUUGUAGAGAAUCACUGUCAAAUUCUGUCAUCCACGGCUGGGUGGAACUCGGGCAAGACCGUUAAAAUAAAGCUGUUUGUUGUUU